AUGGCCGCCUCUCGCAUUCGCGUUGCUUUUCCUCUUCAAGUCCUCAUUCUCGUGGCUGUAACACUCGCAGUGUCAGGUCCUCUUGUAGCGGGGACAAAUGCACCAGCCUCUUUCCCUGCGGACUUAUCAGCAGCGGAUGCGACUCGGGAGUACUUGCGUCCGCGCCUGUCCGUGGCGCACAGGAAGCUCGCCGCCGAGACCGGCGCCGAAACUUACGCCGAAAUUCCCGCCGUGACGUCCGGCGCAACUCGCGCCGCGAAAUCCGGCCAGUCUGCCGCAGAGCACGCCGCGGAGGCAUUAACAGAUAUCACAGCCGGUUAUAAUGCGAAUGCGGAGUUUCCGGGCGGUCGAGACACGACAGCAACGCAAAAGGGAGCAGAUGUAACUGAAGCUGCUGUCGUGGACACGUGGCAGCGUGUAACUGGCUCCGCGGCAGUGGGAGGGGAUCGGCGAAUCAUGGCAGAGGGGGAGGAGCGAAAGGGAACUGUCUCGCGGUGGUUUGGACUGAAGCGAGAUAAGGGAGAGGCUGAGGAGGAGGAAGAGGAAGAGGAAGAGGAGGAAGGGGAGGAGGAAGGAAAGGAGGGGGUUGGGAGUGCAGCCACGGGAGGGAGCGGCCUUGGGAGUAUCCGAGAAGGUGGUGGCGGAGUGAAGGCUGGUGGUGAUGGUGUUGAAGGGCAGGAGGCGAAGGAAGAGGAGGAAGAGGAGGAAGAAGAGGAAGAGGAAGGGGAAGGGGAAGGUAAGGAGGAGGAGACGGCAGCGGGGAAGACGUCUCAAGGCAAGCAAGGAGGCACGGCCCUUACCAGAAGAGGAUCUGACGCAGCUGGGACUGCUGCUGUAGCGGCUACAGCUGCUGGCACUGGUAGCACUUUCUCUUCGCUGCAAACUGCUGCUGGUAGUGCGGUGAAGAAGGGGAAAGUGGAAGAGGAGGAAGAGGAGGAGGAGGAGGAGGAGGAGGAAGAGGAGGAAACAGGGACGAAGACGUCUCAAGGCAAACAAGGAGCCACGGCCCUUACCACAAGAGGAACUGACCCAGCUGGAGCUGCUGCUGUAGCGGCUACAGCUGAUAGCACUGGCACUGGCAGCUCCUUCUCUCCACUGCAAACUGCUGCUGGCAGUGUGGUGAAGAAGAAUGCGGAGGAGGAAGAGGAGGAAGCUGAGGAGGAGGAGGAGGAAGAAGAGGAAGAAACAGGGGCAAAGACGUCUCAGGCAAAGGAAGGAGCCACAGCCCGAGCCACACCCAUUACCACAACUGGAACCGACACAGGUCGGGCUGCUGCUGCUGUAGCCGCUACAGCUGCUGACACUGGCACUGGCAGUUCUAGUUUUCCAAUGCGAACAGCUGCUGGCAGUGCAGUCAAGGAGAAGAAAGAGGAAGAGGAAGAGGAGGAGGAGGAUGAGGAGGAGGAGGAGACUGAGGAGAAGACUUCUGCUGCCAAGCACGGAGCCAUGCCUCUUACCACAGUGGGGAGUGACGCAGCUGGUGCUGCUGCUGUAGCGGCUACAGCUGGUAGAACUGGCACUGGCAGCUUUACUUCUCCGCUACAAACUGGUGCUGGCAGUGGGGUCAAGAAGGAGACGGAAAAAGAGGAAGAGGAGGAGGAAGAGGAGGAGGAGGAGGAGGAAGGGGAGGCAGAGGAGAAGACGUCUCAAGCCAAGCAAGGAACUGCGUCUACUGCCACAGGCACUGGAGCUGCUGGUGCUACAAUACCGGCUACAGCUGCUACAGCCACUACAGCCGCUACAGCUGCUACAGAUGCAGCUACAGCCAGAGGUGUUGGGAAUUCACUGAACUCGUUAAAGACUGCUGUUGGCAGUGCAGUGAAGGAGGAAGGGGAAGAGGAAGAGGAGGAGGAAGAGGAAGAGGAGAAGGAGAAGGAAGAGGAGGAGAAGGAAAAGGAGGAGAAAGGCGAGGUAGGGAGCAAAGCUGGUGCAUGGGCAGCAGGAGCAAAUGCAGUGGGUGCAACGAGGGCAGGAGCAGGGGCAGGGACAGGGACAGGGGCAGGGGCAGUGACAGGGGCAGGAAUAUGGCCAAGGCCGAGUGAAGGGUUACAGGAGAGGGGUGGAGCAGGUGGGAAGGGUAACAGAGGCGAGGGGAAAGGAGAGGAAGGCGAAGAGGAAGAGGAGGACGAAGAAGAAGAAGGGGAGGAAGUGAAGGAAGUGGGUGAGGGGAUGGUAAAAGGAGAGAAGAUCCGGGCAAGAGAUGGUGUUGGUGCUGGUGCUGGUGGUGCUGGUUUUGGCAGCACAAAGGGUACAGAUCUAUCUGGUACAAGUGCAACUCGUUUUGAGACGCCCCAGCUCAGCAAGGGCGCAGAAUUAUCUGGUGCAGGUGCGAUUGGGAAGGAUAAAGAGGAUGAGGGAGAGGAAGAGGAGGGAGAGGAAGAGGACGAGGAAGAAAAAGAAGAAGGGUCAGGAGGAAGAGACACAGCUGCUGUUGAUGUUGGAAGAAGUGGGUUAACUGCUGGUGGGGCCUUUCCCGGUGGCACUCUUCCAUCUGGCAGUAGCGAAUCAGCUUAUAAGGGAGCAACCAGCAGCUUUGAAUCCGGGAGUAGUGGCAGAGGAGGAGGUGGUGGUAGCGGUGGGGAUCCUGAUGAGGUGGAAGGGACGAGCGUGGUGGGGAAGGGGCCUCCAGAGACCAGCUCUUUUGCUGCUGCGACUGCUGCUAGUGCUGCUACUGCUGCGACUGGUGCUGGUGCUGGCUAUACUGGCACUGGUGGUGGUGGUGUUGCUAGUGGUGCCAGCAGUGCUGGUUCGGGUGCUGGUUCCCGUGCUGCUUCUUCUGGGUUAGUUUCUCAUCGUGCUGGUGGUAAGAAGGCAGGGAGGGCAGAGGACGAAGAAGAGGAGGGGAAUGGGGAGGAAGAGGAGGAGGAGGAAGAGGAAGAAGAGGAAAAAGGAGGCGUCCAAGGGAGAGGUGUGGCAGGGGAAGCAUCUGAAGGUAAGCUGUCGGGUGGGGCUUCGAGUGGAGGUGUGGUUCAGUCAGAGCCGAGAGGUUCGAGAGUGAGUGAGUCCGGACGGAUUAAGUCAGGAGGGGGGACGAAGUCAGGCGUGACUAAGGCAGGAGUGACAGCAGAAGAAACUGUAUUAAAGGGAAAGCGAGGCACAGAGGAGAAGGAGGAGGAAGAAGAGGAAGAGGAGGAGGAAGAGGAGGAUGGGAAGGAGGAGGAGGAUGAGGAGAAACCAAGCACAAAGAAAGCAUUGGGUGGAAAAGGAGAAGCAUCAGACGGUGAAUUAGAAUCGGAGCGUGUGUCACCGCUUACAAAAUCCUCUUCAGAUUCAUUAGUGAAGGCUGGUGGCGUGAGCCGUGCUGUGACUGUAGGAGGAGGUGAUUCAAGGGGUGCGGGGGGAGAUGAUAGCAGUGGAAGAGAAAGGCUGGAGAAGGGAGGGAUGGGAGGAGCAGGAAGAGUGAAGGGGGGGGAUGAGGAGGAGGAGGAAGAGGGGGAAGAGGAGGAUGGAGAAGAAGCAGAAGAGGAGGAGAGUGUAGGAAAACUGAAGGGGAAGUCAAAGUCUGGUGGUGCUUCAGGUGCUGCUUCAGGUGUUGGUUCAGGUGUCGGUUCAGGUGUUGGUUCUGAUGCUGGUUUGACGAAGCCUGGAGCAACUGGAACCCGGAAACGAACGCGAAUGGCAGAUUCAAGUAUAAGUGCAGGUAGUUCUGAGUUGACUCGAAACAGUGAAAGUGCAAGUGCAGGUAAGCUUACAGAGGCAGCAGCUAAGAGUGGUGGCAGUAAGGCAGACGAUGAGGAGGAGGAUGAGGAGGAAGAGGGAGAAGAGGAAGAGGAAGGGAAAGCAGAUAGGAAACAGGAGGAGAGAGUUGGGACGAGGGAGGAGGGAGUGAGAGGGGAGAGGGUGGGUGGAGGGGUGAGUGGAGAGUGGGGUAAGAAGAGUGGGACGCGGGAGGAGGGGGAUGAAGGCACGAGGAUGGAGGGGGUUGGGCGAGGGGGCAGGGAUGGUGCUGUUGGUGAGAGAGGGGAGGACGAAAGGGCAGCGACAGGUGGGAUUCCUGUGAGAGGAAAGGGGGUCGGAGGGCAGAAGGGAAAGGAGCAGGGUGAGGAAGAGGAGGAGGAGGAAGGUGAGGAGGAAGAUGAGGAAGGGGAGGAAGAGGGAGAGGAGGAGGAGGAGGAGGAGGAGGAGAAGAAAAGUGUGGGGAGAAAGGCUGGUACGGGAAAGGUGAAAAAGGGAGUGUCAGGAGGAAGAGGAGAAGCAGGGGAGGAGGAAGAGGGGUCUCAGGAGAGGGAUGACGAGUCAGAAGGGAAGGAAGAAGAGGAAUCAAAAGGGAGGGAAGAGGACGAGUCAGAAGGGAAGGAGGGAGAGGAAUCAGAAGGGCAGGCGUCAAUGAGGGGUGGGUUUACAAAGGCGGGGCAGCAGCAGUCGAGGGAGCAGGCGGAGGGAGAUAGUGAGGUGAGUGAAGCUGCUGCUGCUGCUGUUGCUGCCUCUGCUGGUGGUGGUGGUGGUGGUGCAGGGGAGGGGAAGGUGAGGAGAGGAACUGGUGGAGGAGAGGAAGGGGCGAUGGGGGAGCGGAAGGGCGGGAAAGGCAAAGAGGGAAGUGCAGGCGAGGAUGAGAGUGAGGAUGAAGAGUCGGAGGAAGAGGAGGAAGAAGACGAGGAGAGUGGUGAGAGGAAGAAGAGAGGGCCAGAGGAGGAAGCGGUUCGCGGGAAGAAGGGAGGGGAGGAGGAGGAAGAGACGGGAAGUGACGAGGAAAGAGAAGAGAAGGGAGAAGGGAAGAGAGGUGAGGAGGGUGAGGGCGUUGAGAGCAGAUUAGCUGGGAAGGGAAAGCGGGAGGCCGAGGAGGGGGAGAGGGAUGGGGUGGAGGAGAGAGAGGAGGGGGAGGAGGAAGGGGGAGGAGCUAAAGGUGGCAAAAAGGGAGGAGAGGUGCGAGAAGAGGAAGAAGGACGAGGGCGGGAGGAUGUAAGAGAGGGGGGAAGGGGCGAGGGAAGGGAGGAGGAAAGGGAGGAGGGAACGGAGGAGAGAACGGAGGGGAGGGAGGAGGAAAGGGAGGAGGGAAGAGAGGAGGGAAGGGAGCAGGAAAGGGAGGAGGAAAGAAGGGAGAAAGGGGACGAAGAGGGCGAUGGUCUUCAUUAUAAGACAGGUGGUGAGCGUGAUAGUGGUGGUGAUGGUGGUGGUGAGCAUGGUGAUGGGGGAGGGGAGCGUGAGUGGGGAAUGAGAGGUGGUGAGGGUGGAGGAGGAGGAGAAGGUAUGGGAGAAAGAGGAGAAGGAAUGGGAGAAGGAAUGGGAGAAAGAGGAGGAGAAGGAACGGGAGAAGGAGGAGGAGAUACUGAUGAUAGAGGAACGGGGAGAGAUGCUGGGGGGGAUGAGAGGCAGCAAGGGGAGGCUGGGGAAUCAGGAAUUGGAGAGGCAAAGGGAGAGCACGAGAGCAAAACUCCAGAUGGUUUUUCCUCCCCCUAUGCUGCUGCGCACGGUGACACCACCCACGGCCAGAGGGAAGGCGACCCUUCCUAUGGCCGCGCACAGGGGCAGCAAGGCAGUGAGUUUGGCAGCAGCAGCGGUGUCGGGAGGGAGACGGAGUUUGGCAGAGAACAGGGGCAGCAAGGCUCUGACUUCAGCAGCAGCAGCAACAGCAACGUGAGGGAGAAUGAGUUAGGCGGAUCACAUUGGGAGCAAGGGACUGAGCCUGGCACAGCACAGGGGGGGGUGGCAAGGGCGGAAAUGGGCAGCAGCAGCGACGUGAGUGUCCCAGACGAUCAUUCCCUGGGCCUGGGGCUGGGCUUUGGGCAGGCAGCAGCAGGGGAAGAUGCAGACUGGGACUUACCUCUGCCCCAGCCCGUGCUACAGACGCGGGCUCAGGCUGUAGCAGAGGGGUUCAGAGAGGCUGCAGGAAGAUUCGUGCCGAUGCUGCCUGUGGAACAGGUGAAGCGGGUGGAGGAAGCUGCCAAGAAGUUUGCCAAAGAUGGAACCAUCAUCUUUGCAGCAGCAUCGUAUGUGUACCUGCCUCUCUUCCGCAACUGGGUCACCGCUCUCAACCGCAUUGGCCUGUCUAACCACUUCCUGCUCUUCGCCCUCGAUCAGGCAAUGUACAUGGCAGUGGAGGACGCCUAUCCCGGCCAUGCCAUGUGGCUUGAAGUGGCAAAUCUGACCCAGCAUCCUACACCGCGCCCCACCGCUUUCCACCACCUCGGCUCCCCGGAGUUCCUCCUCCUGGCCGCCCGCCGCCCCUUCUUCGUGCGAGCGCUGCUCAAGGCUGGAGUGAACGCCCUUUACAGAACCCAUUCGUUCCCCUGUGCUCCCUCUCUGUUCCCCAUCUCUCACUGCAGUGAUCUUGACACAGUGUGGCUCAAGAACCCUCUCCCCUCCUUCUCCCCCGCCCUCGACAUUAUCUUCCAAGACGACUCCCACCUCUUCUCCCCCGGAGAGCUCUCCCCUCUCCCACUCCCCUCCUCCCCCUCCUCCUCCUCUCCUUCCAAUUCCUCUCUCGCCGUCCCUCUCCCUUGGUCGCAAAUCGCCCGAGCCUCCCCGUGCCUGGCAAUGUUCCACCAAACCAAGGCCACCGAAGCUGUGGUGGAGGAUUGGGCUCGGAGAAUGGCAACGGUAGACUACACCUACGCCGUGCCUAGCAGUGAUGUACCCCUGCUGCAAAAGGCCCUAUUUCAAAUGGCUAAGGAUGGAAAACCGCUCAAAGUGGGUAUUUUACCUCAAGAAUCCUUCCCUCCUGGGUGGCUUGCCUUCAGUCCUCUAGGUUCCUCCUCCCCUUCAGCUUCAUCCUCGUUAGAAGCCUCUCAGCUACCAGGAUUAGGAUCUGAAGCACUUAUGAAGGAUCAGCUGCCGUCGUCGCUGUCGUUUGGUGGAGCGGUAGAGAGGGGGGUAGGGGGGAGGGUGUGGUUGCAGGAGCACAGGGAGGAGGUGGUGGUGGUGCAUUGCAAUGCUGCCCGCCUGCUGCCGUUCAAGAUAGAUGCGAUGAAAGCUAAUGGAGAGUCGUUACCCGAAGCCGGCACAAGCUCUUUCGGUAUGCGAGAGUUGCUGCAAGAUGACACCAAGACCUUACGAGAGGGCAAGCUCCUGGCGGAGACUCUCGCGGAUGCAGCCGGAGAAGCGACCCAGGCAGCAGCCGCUGGCGCCAAGGGGAACAACAACGGGUGGGGUGGAGGGGCGGAGAGCGGUUCAGAGGGGUGGAAGGAUGCGCUGUGGUCGCCAGCCAAGCUGCUGGACGCAUUUGUGACGAGCCUGUCCAUGAUCCUCGUCAGCGAGAUCGGAGACGAGACGUUCAUCAUCGCUGCGCUCAUGGCCAUGCGCCAUCCGCGCAGCAUCGUGCUGGCUGGAGCGCUCUCUGCUCUUGGGAUCAUGACGGUUCUAUCAACGGGACUGGGCCUCAUUGUGCCCAACCUCAUUUCCAGAAAGGCCACGAACAGCGCUGCCACGGUGCUGUACACUUUCUUCGGCCUGCGUCUGCUGUACAUCGCAUGGAGGGCCGACCCUAAGGAAUCUGCUGCAAAGGAGAUGGAGGAGGUGGAGGAGAAGUUGGAGAGCGAGGAGAAUGACAAGGGCAGGCACAGAGGCAUUCGCAAGUUCUUUGCUGGCUUCUGCACGCCUGUCUUCCUAGAGGCCUUCAUUCUCACCUUUCUUGCAGAGUGGGGCGAUCGCAGCCAAAUCGCUACCAUUGCUCUGGCAGCACACAAGAACGCCUUGGGAGUGACGGUGGGGGCGACUCUGGGCCAUGUGGUGUGCACCACCAUUGCAGUGGUGGGUGGCAGACUGCUUGCCUUGCGCAUCUCGCAGCGCACUGUAGCUAUGAUGGGAGGAGCACUGUUCCUCAUUUUCGCCGUCCACUCAUACUACUCCCCUAUAGAGUAA